AUGAUGUUGGAUCAUGCCUAUCCAAAUCUGGUGAAAGAUGAACAAAACGAUCUCUUGCUAUUGCAUCACAUGGAUAAUGAAACGUUAAUCCGAUUAUCCAAGUAUACAAAGAAUUGGCCCAAACCGAAGAAGACAGAAUUUUUCGGGUUCAUCAAAAGUGAUAAGUAUGAGGAUCCAGAUCCUUAUACAAAAGAAGAAAAAGAAAAGAAGAAAAAAGAUGGAAAGAGAACUCCUACACCAAAAGUCCAAGCUGAAGAAGGAUCAUCUUCUCAACCACAGAAGAAACGUAAAAAGAAAGUGGUUGAAAAAAUGCUGGUUGAUGAACCAGAAGUAGAUGAGUCAGAAGCAAAUGUUGAAAAAGAUCAAGAACAAUUAUCUCCUGAAACUGAGCAGUUGUUGAAAGAUAUUGAUAAUACUUUAGAAGUUGGGAAAUCAGCUAGUAAGAUGGCAGUUGAUGAUGAAGAGGAGAGUUCAUCUGGUUCAGAAGUUGAUAUUGAUGCUGAAGUUGAUCGUUGGAUCAAAGAAAACUAUGAUCCAAAAGAUAGAGAGAAACAAAAGAAGAGAAAGAGGAGUUCGGAUGAUGCUGAUGAAACAUAUGUUCCAUCAGAGAAUGUUCAGGUUGUAUCACCACCAUCUUCAGGAGGUAGAAAGAAAUCAACAUCAAGAAAACGUAUUCAAACUCCAGCAGCGCGAAAGUUAAAACUCAAGCUGAAAAUAAAUCCACCAUCAGAACCACAAACUAAACCACCAUCACAAUCUAAACCUCCAUCAUCACCACAAAAUAAACAACUAUCACCACCACCACGACAACCAUCACCUGAUCCUUUACAAUCACCACCACAACAUCAUAUUUCAUCACCCAUUCAUGAACAACCACCAAUAACUUCACCACACAUCCAACAAACACCACCAAUUCCACAACCACCAGUUCAUACUACUCCUGGAUCGUCUGGUUUUGAAAAUUUUCCUCAUAUUCCAGAGGAUACAGUUCUUGAAAAGCUUGAUGAUUUUAGCUUUGUGAAUGAUGAUCUUGUGAAGGAGUUGCAAAAGAAGGUGAAUGAGGCGUUAAGUGAGAAAAAGAAGUUAGAGGAACGUGUUAAGUUUGUUAAAUCUGAGAAUUCAUCUUUGUUGAAAAAGAUUGAAGCUGAUCAAGCCGACAUAGACAUUCUGAAAGUUCGAGUUGAAAAAUAA